AUGGGUGCCCGGACUCUGUGUGUGGGGUUGCUGAUCCUGGUGACCGUCUUUGGGUGCCGGCUCAUUAGUGUUGCCCACUCGUUGACUAUCGAGGAGAUCGGCAUGAGGGUCAAGGGCCCCCUGUGGAAUCAGACUUCUAUCUACAUCAGUAACCUCAGUGACUCCGGCCCCAUCCCCCUGGAGCUCGGCAGCCUGACCAACCUUACCGCCCUCGUAAUAUCUUCCUUCCAACUCACCGGCCCCGUCCCCCCGGAGCUCGGCAACCUGACCAACCUCAAGCUCUCCGGCCCCAUCCCCCGUGAGCUCGGCAACCUGACCAACCUGGAUGGUCUAUACCUCCCGGGCAACAGGCUCUCGGGGUCCAUCCCCCGGGAGCUCGGCAACCUGGCCAACCUCUCCACCUUGUACCUCUCCACCAACGACCUCUCGGGGCCCAUCCCCCCGGAGCUCGGCAAGCUGGCCAUGCUGAACAACUUGUACCUCUCCAACAAUAGGCUCUCCGGCCCCAUCCCCCGUGAGCUCGGCAACCUGACCGGACUCUACCUCGGGAAUAACAGCCUCUCGGGGCCCAUCCCCCCGGAGCUCGGCAGCUUGAGACUCAGCGACUUCUGCCUUGGGGCCAAUAGCCUCUCGGGGCCAAUCCCCAUGGAGCUCGGCAACCUGGCCAACCUCAAAAAUAUUGACCUCUCCCACAACAACCUCUCCGGGUCCAUCCCCCGGGAGCUCUUCAACUCGACGGAGCUCUUGAACCUCACCCUUUGGGACAACAACCUCUCGGGGCCCAUCCCCCCGGAGCUCGGCAAGCUGGCCAAGCUCGUAUACUUGGACCUCGACGAGAAUGACCUUUCCGGGCCCAUCCCCCGGGAGCUCGGCAACCUGACCAGGCUCAGGGAACUAUAUCUAUCCCGCAACAGGCUCUCCGGCCCCAUCCCUCCGGAGCUCGGCAACCUGAUCUGGCUCAGGUCCUUGGGACUCUCCGCCAACGACCUUUCCGGGUCGAUACCGUCAAGCCUUUGCAGCUUCUACCGCGAAGCUUUCGCACCUGGAAACUCGAAGUUGGUCUGCAACGCUUGUGGCAACAAUCGUCCGUAUUGUUUAGAAUUCCAGACCAAGAUUUCAUCAUCCCCUCCACUUAGACCUUUCGUUGGUGGGGUUGUCGCUGGAGCUGCUUCUCUUCUAGCCAUUGCCAUCUUAGGGUACUAA